AUGAUGCCUCACUCUAUACCACAAGAUAUAAUUAAUUGGACUAUACUGAAUGAAAUAAUAUCCAUGGAUGAUGAUGACCCAGAUUUCUCUAAACAAUUAAUCAUUCAAUAUAUUGAUCAAGCUGAAACUGUAUUUAAUCAAAUAGAAGAACAUUUACAAUCAACAAAGGAUUUAACUCAGUUAGAUAGUUUGGGGCACUUCUUAAAGGGUUCAUCUGCUGCACUAGGUUUACAAAGAAUUGCUUGGGUUUGUGAAAGAAUUCAAAACUUGGGAAGAAAAUUGGAAGAUAAUUUCCCUAAUCAAAAGGAUUUAUUAAAAGGUUUACCUAAAGAUACUAUUAUACCAGAGUGUGAUGAUAACCAAGACAUAACACUACCAAACGAUGAUGAACUUGUUGAUAAGAAUAACGAUAAGGAUAAUAAAUUAUAUAUCCUUUUAAUAACAAAAGCGUUAAGACAAGCAAGAUUGGAAUUUAAAUUGGCAAUAAAUGAUUUGUCCAAAUAUUAUAAAACUGAUCUAUUCGCUAGUACGACAAGUUCAUGA